UGGCAGACAUGCGGUGUCUGGCGGAAGUGACGUGUGUAUGCGGCGACACCGGUUCUCUGCUCAUGCCGUGGAGGUCAGAGGAAGAAGCCGGCUGGAGGUGCGGAGGACGAAAGAUGGUGAACUGACCUUCACAUUGAACUCCCCACCACAGAGAGGAUGACGGCCCGUCUGAUCCAGCGUGCCUCCCGCCUGCUGGCAGUGCCGGCCUCCUUCCAGCCCCCCUCCUCCUCCUCCUCCGCCGUCCCCACAGAAUGUAUGAGAUUGUGCCAGCACGCCCCUCCCCCCCGGUGCCGGGCGGCCCUACACACCUCCUCCCCGCGUUACCUGGCGGAGAGCCUCCCGGAGACCUCCCAGAUGGGCCCCGUCACCCCACAGGACGAGAACGAGUUCUUCUCCAUGCUGAAGACUGUGCCGGGGAUAAACAAUCUGCUGGACAUCCCGCGGGAGCAGAACGUCUCCGGGAACAAGGGGGUGAUGAUCAUCCAGGAGAUCGUCAGGAGGGAACCCGGGAGCAAUGAAGAGAUCCUGAAAGACCCCAGAUUCCAGCACCUCCUAGAUCAUAUCAAUGGGCAGAUCCAGCAUGUUUGGAACGGCCGCCUUAUUAAAUUCCUGAGGAGCUUGUAUGUCCUCGGAUUGGACAGGAAUCACCGUUGCUUCCAGUCGGUGGAGGUGGAAGUGCAGUGGCGUCUCAGGAAGUUUAGUAUCGGGGCUCUGGCCCAGCUGUCCAGCUUUAUUGCUCCCCUGUAUCGCUCCAGGAGGGAGAAGGCUCUGCUCGAGGACCUGGUGAAACAAGUGGAGCUUCGAUGGACGGAGAUCAGGGACACGCGGUCUCUAGUGACGCUGAUAUCAAGGCUGGGCUUUAUGUCCAACUCCCUCAUGGAGAGACUGGAAGAUAAGGUCCUGGAAUUCGCAGGAGAUUUGAAGCCUGAAGAGUCUCGGAAAGUCAUCUCUGCCUUGUCAGCUGAGAAUCGGCGGACGGUAUCUGUCCUGCGGGCGAUCUCCUUCCACCUUAUACAGUUUAAGGGCGAACUCUCCCCAUCCGUUAUAUUGGACUUGGCAUUUGCUUUCGCCAAGCUGAAUUUCUGCCAGCCGCAGGUUUUACAGAAGAUGGCGACAGACAUAAUGCCCAAAUUGCAAGAAAUAAGCCCGACGGACAUCGCCUCGCUUGUCCGGUCCAUCGCCUACCUCAAAUAUUCCAACCAGCCGCUCUGCGAAGCCAUUGCACAGGCAUGUCUGCAGUGCAACCAAUCGUUCAGCCCCUCCCACCUCUGCACUGUCCUCCUGGGUUUUGCACAUCUCAACUUUAUUCCCGGGCAGAGCGAAGAAUUCUUCAAUAUGAUUCAUCUGCGUCUCGGCUGUGAGUUGGAAUCGCUGAGCUGGCAGAUGCAGUUGGACGUUGUGUGGUCGCUGUGUAUCCUGAACCAUGUCACAGUGCCGUAUUUCCACAAGAUUCUAAAGCCUCAGGUCUACAGCCAAAUCCUGGCGGUAUCUGAGGAGAGAUCCGCCAUCCACAGCGUGAAGUUGAUGCACAUAAACGCCACAGCGCAGCUGGAGAGCCCGGAUUAUCGGGGCCCGCUGCUUCCCGAAGAUGUCCUGCAGACCCUGCAGAGCCGGACCGGGCCCAGGCGGGUCAGCGCCUUGCAGAACGCCGUCAUAGAGACGCUGAAAAAAGUCUUUCCGGACGAGGGGACCUGCAACUACAGCGUGCCCACCGUCUAUGGGUGGAGCUUAGAUGGCGAGGUUGUCCUAGAUUCUGAUCUUAAAGCCUUAGCCCUGAAGCAUUUCGAGGACCCCCACGAUUCGCAGUCUGGAGGGACCCAACCCCUGCCGGAGGGGGCGAGGAGGUUCGCCAUUGUGUGUCGGGAAUUCUCACACUACACCUUCCGUGAGAAGGUCGUGCUGGGGCGAUACGCCAUGAACCAGCGGCAUCUGCGGGCAGCUGGAUUCCUAGUGGUGGAGGUUCCUUAUUACGACUGGCAGGAAUUGAAGUCGGAUUGGGAGAAGCAAGGCUUCCUGAAGGAUCAGAUUAAGAAGGUGAUGGCGAAGGACAUGGCGGAGUGAAGAAGCCCAACGGGGCCGAGGCGACGUGUAUAUAUGUAUCUUUAUCCCCCCUCCCCGCCAGGUGUCUGGCUCCGAGGGGGCGGGGUUUUGGGGCGGGAUCUAUCUUUUAAGAUUAUUUGUAUUUUAUUUUCAAAUGAGUGCAAUGGAAGAAAAAUAAACGAUAAAGACUGA